AUGGAUAUCAAUUCAACUAUAGCUUCUAUUCCGAAGAUGGAUAUCAUGCCGCCUACUAUUGAGGAACAGGCAAACCUAUGGAACUACACUGGCCCCGAAUGGAAUUGGACAGAUUCAGACUGGGAUCACAUCUACGGCGAGCCCAUUGGAAUAUGGGAAUCAUUGGCCAACCACUUUCUCGACCAUAUCCGGUCACAGAGAUAUCUGAUUCAGACAGACAUACUCUUCUACCCAGCUCUGAUCUACAUUCUUAACUUGGCUUCUCUCGCAAUCGCCUUCAACUCCAAUGGCCGAUAUCGCACAGCCUUCGUCGGUGCAUCCCUCGCCUUGGCAGCCGCUAUCAUUCAACAAGUCUCCAACCUACCAAUCUUCUACGCUGUCAAGAUCACCCUUGUUCAGGUACUCGUCAUUCAAAACAUGGGUGCAGCUGUUAUGAUGCUAUGGGAAGAUAUCGCCGUUACUCAAGAGCAAAAGAAACUUCCUUGGGGACAACGCAUCCUCGCCACCUAUAAACUCAUGUGGAACGCACGCUUUGUCAACACCAGUCGUCCGGCUCCUGUCCUCCACUUGAUCAUGGCAGACGAAGAGCGCAAGAGGCAGCUCGCAGAAGCAUCCAUCACAGCUACGAUCGAAGAGACAUCCGCCGAGAAAGCCACCAUCAACAAUGAAAACUUGGAUCAGAGCUCGGCUGAGGCAAACAACAACAAAAGUGUGCUCGAACGGAUCAAUAGUUCCCGUUACUUUGUACUUCGAGUCAGCCAUAACGCUUGGAACAAAACCAGCCAGCUCUUUGCUCGCUUUUGGAACUCUCUCAGUCCAAGAAACCGCUGGAUCAUGGCUACGAUAGCCAAGAUCACUCUCAUCUUCAUCUUGGAACGUGUCAAGGACUACGUUUGGGACACGUACGCCUGGUAUUCCCAUGAAGACAUUGCCCCCCACAAACGUUCUUACUUCCGCCGUCUCCUUCGAAAUGAGACCGACCUACGGGAGGUGGUUAUCCGCUGCUACUUCGCCUUCGAGGGCGUUUGGGGCGCUUUCUACUGGUACACCUUCAUCCACUCAACCGUCGCCCUUUUCUUCGUAGCGCUUCACAUUGAUGAACCCGAAGAGUGGCCUCCGGUCUUCGGCGAUAUCCGCGAAGGCUGGAAUCUCCGGCGCUUUUGGAGCAAAUACUUCGAUCGACUCAUCUACCGCACCACUAACGGAUUGGGCGAGAUGAUCUUGACUACCCUUGGCGUAGGUCAGCGACCUUUCCGGGGAAAGACUCGCUGGGUCCUGAAUGGACUCAUCUUCUUCCUUAGUGGUAUCUUCCAUGCUGGCACUGAGUAUAUCUGCGGAAUCAAGUGCCACGUUGGUGUGGAGGUCUUGUGGUGGAUGUUGAACUACAUCGCGAUGAUCAUGGAAACGGCCUUUCUCUAUGGCCUUCAGACUUACUUCCCUCGGUUCUAUCAUAAGAUGAGUGGAAGAUUUGGGAAGUCGAUCGGAUACUUGUGGCUGUUUGCGUUCCAUUUCUAUGCCAGUCCCAAGAACCAGUUCAUUGCAUUGAACUGUCUGCCGCCGUUCUAG